AUGCCUACUCUGUUGCCAGCCCGGGCUGCAUGGAGCCUGGGUGUCUUUUAUCUGUCUGGUGGGAAAAAGGGUGAGUGCAGUGAUGAAAUUAGAGUUUUGCUUAAUAGUGAAAUCAUGGAUAUCAUGUCCAGCAAACAGCUGUCUGCGAAACUGUACAAGGAUGCAGCUGUCAAAGUGGUACACUGGGAUGACCAGUGGGUGUCCUACGAUGAGGUGAUAGAGACAUUUCAGAUGAAGACCGACUUUGCCCGAGAGCAGUAUCUUAGCAGCGUCAUGGUUUGGCCCAGUAGCUAUGAUACUCAGACCGGCACCUUCGCAGGCGCGCUGGCUGCAGUAUCAACUUGGCGCAUUUUGGCGCAACGGCAGGUACAAGACAAUGACUAUGUCGUCAACAUAACCAACAAUAAUACCUGCAAGUGGAGUAACUACGGCGAGCCCUGUCCGGCAGGCUGGCAGAUGAUCAAGCAGUAG